AUGGAUCCAAAAGGAUAAAUUUAAAAGUAGCAAUAACUUAUUCCAAUCCAUUCCUCCUUCGAAGAUCAUAAAUUUAUCUAUUCAUUGAAAGAUUCGUACAGUAAUUAAGACUCAGUCCUCUUUCAGCUUAUCAGAACAUGUUAAAAAAUGUAAGAAAAUGUUGAAUCAUUCAUCAAAUGAUUAAGAAAUAACCAAAAGAAAAGGAGGUACAUUAAUAUUUAAGUGUUAAAAUCAGGUAAGCAUUGCUUCAAGUAUGCUAAAAUAAGCAACGAUCAGAGAGAAGGUUUGAUAAAAUAAAUCAUAUCAACUGGAUGUACUAUAAAAAGUGCAGCAUAAAAACUAGGAAUCAACUUCUCAACUGCAAAGGCAAUCAUGUAAAUUUUCAAGAAGGAAGGAAGAUCUUGUAAAAAGGUCAUUCGAAAGAACAAAAAAAGACAAACUUAAAUGUACAAAAGACACUCCGCAGUAACCAAAGGCUAAAGUAUUAAGCUAUAUUAUCCUAAGAUAGGCAUCCGAGAAGUAAAAGAGCAGUUCCGGUAAACAGAUGAAAUUAAAAAAGAAAUGAUACAAUAACCUAUUUCAGUCCUUGAAGCCAAAAACAAUUAAUAACUUCUCAUCAUUCAAUAACUGAGUAGCCAGGUAUUGUAAAAGAGUUAUGAUAGAAUUUGCUGUAUUAAGGCUAGGUUGUGAAUUUAGUAUAGGAGAAUGCAGUUUUGAACUAAAAUUAUCAAAAUUUAUGUUAAUAGUAUGAGCACUUGCAAAACAUGGUGCAAAAAUAAUAUAUUUAGACGUAAUAAAUAUUGAUGAAAACUUAAAGUCCGAUAGCUCCAUUCAAUUUUUGA